GACAAGCUUUUCUAUGAUCAACUGAAGCACUAUGUAUUCCAGCAUGAUCUCCUUGUUGAUAAUCUCUACUAUAAAGAUGUAAAACUAACAGCGACCAACGAUGAUCAAUACUUCGUCUUUGAGGACUUUCUUUAUCAAGUCCUCCUUAUCUUCUCAAGAGAUACCAGUGUCCUCAAGCACUUUGGGAAGAGCUCCGCGACACCAGCAAAAUCAUACAUUAGAGGAAUGCUGGGUGUUGAUGAGUUUGCUGUUGUGUAUCCACCGAAUGGAGUUAUCCCUUUCCAUGGAUUUGCCAUGUUUGUGGCCCCGUUAUGUUUUGUCUACGACCAGCCACCGGAUCUCUACUACGUCUUCCGUGAAUUCUACAUGAGGCACCUGUUUCGCCUUCACACAAUAUCUUCACAUCCUCAGGGUAUCUUAUCUCUGUGUAUCCUGUUUGAGAGUUUACUGCAAACCAUCCAGCCGCAACUCUUCUUUCAUCUGAAGCAGAUCAAUGCUCAGCCAUUGAAGAUUGCUUUUAAGUGGAUGAUGAGGGCAUUCUCUGGUUAUUUGGCCAGCGAUCAGCUUCUUCUCCUUUGGGAUCGGAUCCUUGCCUAUGAUAGCACAGAACUCCUUGCAGUUCUCGCUGUGGCCGUCUUCUGCUUUCGGCGGACCAACUUGAUGGAAGCGUCGACCUUAGCCUCGGCUGAAGCCAUCCUUGCCGAUAUCACGACCAUUCAGAUCAUACCCUUGCUUCAAAUCGUCAUAUUUCCUUGACCUCGUAACCAUGGCCAUGGUUAGGAUACUGUUGCUGCUGCGGACUACAGACGGAAAGGCAUGUAAACGUCUUCAAAUGGGUGUGAACCACCACCACCCAUUUCCUUGCAUGAGCUUGUUUGUUCACUGAAGGACUUGAAGUCUAGAAGGUCAUUCUGAGUAGGACUUUCUUCUGGAUCUUGUUAUUCAUAGCUUCACGUCCCAAGUCUCAUUCGAACCAUGAAGGUAUUAUCAUGGAGUGAGAGUGUGAGUGAUCAAGUUUCUACAGACGCUUGUAAUUCAGAUAUGAUUAUUUGCGUCUGGGACGGACCUUUAACCUCACCAUUUGAAAGACGUGAGCAGGGAUUGAACCUCUGCAUCAAUUUGUAACUUGCCCACUCAGCGUAUCAUCUUAUAAAAGUCUCAUUUAAGUCUUGAAGGUACAUGUAUCAUCUUGAAGUAAUUCUGAGCACAACUUGUGUCCAACUCUGUUGUUGUUUUAGUUUAUACGGCGCAUGUCAUUCAGCUAUGAAUAUUAGCGCUACCUGAUAGCCUCUUCCAAGUCUUUGAAGGUAUUAUCUGGAUGUUAUCCUGAGUUGGACCCUGUCCUUGACCUCAUGCAUCGUUUUCUCCAUCUCCACCUUCUUGUAUCUCUGCCACUCUGUCGUCUCUUCAAUGUCUUUCAGGCAGGUGUCCUGGUCGGGAUACGGCUCAAACUGAAUUAAAGGAUUCAAACGUGAGAAAGGCAAAGUUUGGCAGAGUGCAUCAAAAAAUUAUUUCAGUGCACUUUGUCUAUUAAUUGUGACUCGGGAGAUACUAGUUAUAAUCAGAUUAUUUUGUACAUAUGAACAUUUGAAUAAUGCUUUGUGAGUUUGAUCUGACUAUGCAAGAAGGUGGGUAAAAGGAUAAUCAAUCCUUUAAAGCUUGACAAUCUAAACACAUUCAUGUGCAAAAAAAAAUAAUCAAUUGCAAUUUGGGAAUGGACAGGGAACCAGUGUAGAUUUUGGAGCACGGAAGUUAUUGUUUUUUCCACUCCUUGGGCCCGUUGCAUAAAACUUUUUACCUGAGAAAACUCGGGUCGUUUUUACCGGAGUUUUUGCCCUGUGUUGAGGUCAAUGGCAGAAAUCAGACUAACCUUAGUUUUUACCAGAGUUUUCUCAGGUAAAAAGUUAUAUGCAACAGGCCCCUUGUUUAUCUUGCUGCUGAAUUGAGAAAAGUUUCCAGUUUUCUGAUUCAGCGUUCCGACAGACCAAUACAUGUAAGUAGACGUAAAAACAAACAUCCAAUCACACUCUGAUAUUGACUGUAUGGUAUUCAAACAGUUCUUGCUGAGUUUAUCAGUUACAUACAAAUUGAAUUACAAAAUUGUAUUGAACAGUUGUAGAGAAAAGGAGCAUAAUAGAUAACAUUUGCAUGACAAAUGUCAUAUCUGUUGCGCUAACAAGUGAAUUUUCUCUACUCCUGUUCUGUAGAAUGUUGAGAAAGUCAUUGUAUACAUGUAUGUAACUAAAUGUUAAACUCAGCAAGAACUGUGGAUACUGGAAAUUUUGAAGUGUGGUGCAUUGAAACAUGCAAUUACCCCUUGUACUGAUUUGUGUGUGUGUGUGUCUUUCUUAUCCUGUUUUGUAAAGACUUCAUUGGUAUAUUAAAAGAAAUGUAAAAUUUAUAUAACAAGUGUACUUUCAGCUAAUCAAAUUGAAUGAUUUCAGUAGCUUUCGUUUUAAACCGUAAUCGCAAAUUUGUUAAUAUAUAACAAGUUUUAUGAAAUAGGGUCCAGGGGCCUGUAACACGAAGGUUAGUGAUUAAUCACUAAAUGAAAAGCCUCUCAAGAUCAUCAUUGCACAUGCAUUUAACUCAUUGGACUGCCUACAAACCAAUUUGAAUUGCUCUUUCAAAUCAGCGAUUAAUCGCUAACCUUUGUGUUACGGGCCUCAGGUUACCUGAGAUUGAUAAGGGCCCCAUCUUACAACGUGUUACGAUUGAUCCAAUCAAUCUCAACUGUAUGGAAAUCCAUCCAUACUGUAAUUUUUUUCUACAGGAUAAUCUCUUUACAUGUAGUUAAUCUCCUUAAUUAACAUAGAGAAUCACACUGAAUCUUCACGAGAACGAUAAAUGUAUGAAUAUACAUGUACAUCAUAUCUAGAAAAUGUAUUGAACAAAUUUGCAUUUUAUAAGUUGACGUUGCUGGCCAUCCAUAGUUGUGGUCGAUCGGAAGUAAGACAGGACCCAGACUUACCCUCAUUUCAAUCUCUGUGAACACUCUCUCAUCAGCGUACUUGAGGAAGAAUGAUUUGCUGAUCUUUAUUGCUUCUGCUCCUUGGCUUACCUGGUAUGCAAAAAAAAAAUGUAUUAGUUCCCAAUUUUUCGAAAUCACUGCCUGAAAGGGAUUUCACAGCAGGGCAAUUUAGGCAGCAUAUGCUGACGUACAUGUACAUGUACAUGUACUAUCCAUGUGAUAAGCUCUUUCUCAUUUGAUAAUAAUAAUGAUAAGAGUAAUAAUAAUAAUAAUAAUAGGCAUUUAUAUAGCGCCAUCUGUCUAGAUAUAAUCUAUUCAGAGGCACAUAGUUAUUAUUACCCCAGCUUUAGCUCGAGCUGCCUUUCAGCGCAGUGCAUUCAAGGAUUUAAGUAAAAUUGUGUAUAUGAAGGAUCAUUAAUCUAGUAAACAAAAGGUAAAUUUUGAUGCCAAGUAAUGGGAAUAAAGAAAUUAGCUUACCAUAGCCUACGUAUGUUAGCAUACACUGGCUAAAAUGUUCAGCUGUGGCGGCCCCUUUAAUAAUGAGUGUUACUUGAUAGCAACAAUUUAAUUUGUGAUAUCAAGAAGAUCAAAUGAUAAGAUAGCUUGCCAUACGUAGGUUGCCCUAUGAUCGCUAUUUCGUCUGGCUGUAACAAUCCUUUAUUAUUGGCCAAUUGAUCAUUUUCAAAAGCACAGAUUGUGUAUACAUAUAUCCAAAAACUUGGCUGUUGUUGGUUGAAUAUUGUGAUCGUUCUAAAAACUGGAAUUUAUCUUUAAUUAUGUUGUUUGCAAUGUUUUAUGACUUGCAUCUUGGGAACAUUUUAUGAAAUACAGUAAUUCUCACUCAAUAAUGAUGUAAGUUUCCAAAAUUCUUUCAUCUGAUUGACUCGGAGCAAAUCACUGCCGAAAUUCUCAUAAAACGCUACCAUUAGGCCGCUUAUCAAAAUUCUGUGCUGUCUUCUUUUCAGGAAUUGUAUUAUACAUGUAAAUGCUAUUUGAAUCUUAUCAUAGCAGCUAGCUCUCCCACAUUUUCAUUGUCUAGUCUGUGAAGAAAUGCGAAGAUUGGCAUUGAAAAGUUACUUGCAGGAUUCCUGCAAGAAAGACAAGGGGUCAGAUGAAUUGCUUUUGCUAGACUUUUGAUUCCAUAUGCAUAAAAAUGAGCAAGCAAAUGCUCUUGCUAGUAUAUAGCACAAGAGAUUGCUAACUGCCUGCUGGCAUUUGCUUGACGAUUAAUCUAUUUCUAAAUAGCAUAUGCCUAAAACAAACUAUUUCGCUUUUUUGUUUAAGCAAUUGGUUGACACCUCAUCUAGGGAAAAAAUGUUAAAUGAGAAAAGCAAUAUUUUGCACUACCAAACUUUUUCAUUCGAGUCACAAACUUUUUCUGUGAGUCGUGUUCGCACCAGCAUGAUGUCGCUAUUGUUCAAACCACUGGCAAUUGCUUUCUGAAGGCAAGAAAAGGUUUUAGGCAGAACUAAAUAUGAAAUAAAGCAAUUGCUAAGGCGUGAUCUUUUGCUUGGCUAGGAAUUGCUUGUGCUGGCAGCGAUCUUUCAAGCAAUUGCUACUUUUUAUGCAUCUGACCCAAGAUACGGCUCCCUUUAGGGAACAGUGUCUCUUCACAAGUUGCAUUACACACACAUUACACCCAUAUGAACCUUGAAUAGAAAAUUGAAGAGAAAACUCACCAAACUGACUUUAUCACUUUUGUUGAGUUUGUAUCCAGGCAUUACAGUAAGAAUAUCCUAUAAAAAGGGAGAAAAAAUAGAAAACAAAAUUAUUAAAGGUUAAUUGGGAACUUGACUCUAAGGAAUUAACCCAAUAGAAAUAACAUUUCAAGCUUUUAUGGGAUGUCUUGUUGAAUCUUACUGAAUUUAUUCUUGUGUAAAAUCCAUUGCUAUUGUUUGGUGACUUGGCAAAGAAAAUCAAUCAAGCAAUGUGUAAAAAAAAUUAAUAAUUGGUCGCAUAGUUUGAAAGUAAGAAUUUGAAAGGGAUUUAUUUGUUGUGCCAAGCUGAAUUAACACAAGUUCUUUGAUUUUCAUGCAAUAUCAAGGUUUUUGACUGUCAGUAGUCACGUGCAAAGUAAAUUUUUUUUUUGGUCCAUGACAUUUCACAUCUAGAAAUAUUCAUGUGAAAAAAACAUUUCAAAUUCAUAUUUAUUAAUUUCCACGUAAUAUAGUCACUCAUUCCAUCACUAAAACUUACACUCUUUGCUAAAAUAUUAGUAUAAUGGUGAAAUUGUUUGUGAAAGACAAUGACAAUUUUUUUUCCAUAGAAUAUGACCAGAGUUUACAUUAUAUAUGGUGUGUUAAGAGAUAUCUAUGCAGCAUCACUGUUUGUAAAACGCUUAGAGACACCAUUCAGAUGUAUCAUGCGCUAUAUCAGAGUGGAAUAAUAUUGUUAUUAUUUGAUUAUUACUAGAAUGAAUAUUCAUGUAAUUGCCACUUUAUUGUACAUACAUCUGAAGGAAUUCCCAUAAUGGUUUUUAUCAUGUACAUUCUGAGUUACCAAACAUUCCUUUUUAUAUUGUACAUUUUUCCUUUAUGGACAAUGUGAAUUUUAUUAUUGUUUUAAUUAAAUUAUCAACGAAAUAA